AGAAAAGUAAAAUGUAAAUGUUCGACGAUGCACGUAUGAAUACACAUUAGUUUCCGGUAGGUUUAUCAUGCAGAAUCUACGACUUGGCCGCCAGGUUUUGCUGCUGAAUUGGGUGUUAGGUUGGAAAAACAAUAGUUGCAUGUCACAGGAAAAGCAUAAGCAAGAGAAAAACCUCAUGCAAGAAUUGCCAAAUCAAGCAGGAAGAACAAAAAGUUCACUUUCAUGACUCUGCACAAUUGAGCUUCUUGGCCUCACCUAAACUUGCAGAAAUCAGUGAAACUAAAGCAAACCAAACAGCAACUCCCAAUUCCAUUUCAUCUUAGUCACUUCCUAUUAAAGCCUGAAUUUCCUCACAAUAAAGCCCCAAUCCAAAUAUAUGUCUGCAUAGCAUAAUAAUUCUCGACUCCAUCUCCUUAACCAAUCUGCAACAAGUCACUCGGGUUACAACAAUUGGUUGAUCCGACAGUAUAACAAACCUAUAGUCCCACCAAAAAAAUCAAUACCCAAUGGCUGUAAGCAUAAGAGCAAGUUUACUAUCUUGCACUCUUGUUUCUAUUUUCCUUGUUUCCUCUGCUCAAAGCUGCUCUAACUACACAUUCACAUCCGACAGAGUUUUCUAUUCAUGCAGUGACCUCCCAUAUCUAGAGGCCCAUCUUCACUGGAACUACAAUCCAUCCACCGGAAAAGUUGCAAUUGCAUACAGAGCCAAACAAAAAUCCAAAGGAUGGAUCGCAUGGGGGAUCAACCCAACAGGAAGAGGCAUGGUUGGAUCACAGGCACUUGUUGCUUUUCACAACACUAAUGGGAGUGUGACAGUUUAUCCAACGCCAAUAACAAGUUACAACCCCUCAAUGCAACCAGAAGCUCUCAGCUUUCAGGUUUCCAACAUCACUGCAGAAUAUUCAGAUAAUGAAAUGACCAUCUUUGCUGUUGUGGGUCCACUAAAUAACGGGACCCUUGUCAACCAUGUCUGGCAAGCAGGAAGUUCAGUCUCGGACAAUGUUCCUCAGAUCCAUUCAACAUCACCACCAAAUCUUCAAUCAAUGGGGAUACUGAACUUUCUGUCAGGUUAGCAACAGAUAAACAAGAAGAAAUUAUGACAUGUUAGCAUUGAUGUUAGCUCACUCCAACCACUCAAAUUAUGGUCCCAACUCCCAAGUUGUCGAAAGUGGUACUGUUAGAUAAUCAGUAAGGUUAAGUUUUUCAGUACCAAUAUUACUGUCUUG